AUGACUCGUCUCAGCGACGCGGGUCUGCUGUACGAUGCCGCAGCUGGAGGCCGUCUAGACGAAGUCGAGGGGAUGGUCGCUACUGGUGUUGAUCUGAACGCGUUGACUGGAAACGACCAAAAUCAAGUCACAGCCUUGUAUGGCGCAUCAGGCCAAGGCCAUCUUGAGAUUGCGAAACUCCUUCUCUCCUCCGGUGCAGACCCAAAUGCUCGUAGCGAUCGACUUUCCAACGCGCUCCAGGCCGCGUGUAUCAACAACAGUCCGGCCCACACGAAGAUUGCAGAACUGCUCAUCUCACAUGGCGCAGAUGUCAAUGCACAAGGUGGCAGUUUCGGUAACGCA